GAUUUGGCGGGCCUCGCGGCUGAUGAUGAGUUUGUCAACAUCAACAUGCUUCAAUAUUUUCAUGAUUGUGUAGUGACUAAUAAAUGCAGCUGAUGUCCGUUAGAAAGACUGAAUUUACUUUCUUGUGGGGUGAAAUGUUAUUGAAAUUGAUGGUGCACUAUUGCACCAGCCAUGAGUAAAGACAUAAUUAAGAUUUUGACGUGGAACAUUAACGGCAUCAGAGCCACUAAAUUACCACUAAAGGAUGUAUUGAAUGAUCUGGAUGCAGAUAUUAUUUGUUUUCAAGAAACAAAAAUAACGAGAGAUCUACUAGAUGAAGCUACCGCUGUCGUCGAUGGCUUCAAUUCCUACUUUAGCUUCUCGCUCGUCCGUAGCGGUUACAGCGGUGUUGCAACAUACUGCAAGGAUCACGUGACCCCUGUCAGAGCAGAAAAUAAAUUGUCUGGCUUGUUGACGGCUGGAAAUGAUGCUAGUAGUGACACCAUAGGUUACUAUGGCAAUCUAGAACAGUUCACAGAGGAGGAGCUAAAAUGUCUUGACAAUGAAGGCCGUGCCGUUAUGACAGAGCACAAAAUUCGUGGACAGGAUGGUGCUGAGAAUAGUCUGGUAGUGAUCAAUGUUUAUUGCCCACGAGCGGACCCUGAACGUGAAGACAGGAAAUCCUACAAGCUCAGAUUUUAUCAACUGCUGCAGAUUAGGGCAGAAGCUCUUCUAAACUCUGGCAGGCACGUUGUCAUAGUAGGUGAUGUGAACACGUCUCAUAAGCCGAUUGACCAUUGUGAUCCAGCUCAGUGUAAGGCCUUUGCAUCUCACCCUGGGCGAAAGUGGCUGGAUGGUUUUCUGUGGACACCUGAAAAGGAAGGCACGCAACCAGGCACCACUAACAACGACCGAUCGUGCGAAUGGCCACCAGGUGUCGCAGCCAAACGAUUCGUGGACUGUUUCCGAUUCUUACACCCGACCGUGCAGGGCGCCUUCACCUGCUGGUCCACGGUGACCGGAGCUCGCCAAACCAACUACGGAACGCGAAUAGAUUACAUUUUCGCCGACCGAUGUCUCGCGACGACAGCGCUGGUCGACUGUGACGUUUUGCAGCACGUUCAAGGAUCGGACCACUGUCCGGUCAAGGCAACAUUCAACGCUGACGUGGUAGCGGCUAACAAUUGCCCGAGUCUGUGCACAAAGUACGGUUUCUCUGGAAAACAACAGAAGCUGGCAGAAUUUUUCCCCAAGACUCACGAGCGUGCAGUCGCGCAGCCACUGGACGUUGGCACAACCGCUAUAGCGCGCGAUCGAAAGCCACAGUCAAAGCAGCAAUCGCGGAAUCCGGCCGAACACGCACGCAAGAAGGCGAAGAUAGAGACUGGAAAACAAAGAACGCUCGCAGGUUUCCUAUUGAAAGGGGCAAAGAAACUGGAUGCGGUUGAUUCAUCGCAGCUCACAGUUGCCAAGCAGAUCAUUUGGAAAGACGUGCUUAACGGUGGAUCUGAAACAAUCACCGGCACUCGGGUACAAAGCACACUCACCUCUACGAGGAGCCAGUAUGGUGUUGACACGAGAAACAAUGCAUUGACUAACGAGCUCUAUUUCAGCGUUCGCGGCGAGUGCAAUGGACAAAAUGGUGCCGAUAACGCUGACGUAGCAGCGGCAGCUGCAGGAAAUCGCGGCAAGGAUCCGGCGUCGAACGUUCACUGUGCGGCCGACGCUCCUGCUCCUGCGGCCGCUGCAAAGUCGCAAGCUGCUCAGUGGAAGGGCCUCCUGCGUGGCCCGCCGCCGCCUCCAGUCUGUAGAGGUCACGGCGAGCCGUGUGUGCUGCGAACCGUGAAGAAGUCGGGACCAAACGUGAACAGGCAGUUUUUCGUCUGCGCCCGACCCGAGGGUCACAAGUCGAACAAAGAAGCGAGAUGUGAACACUUUAAAUGGGUCACCAAACCGAAGAAAUAUUUGUGAAUAGUGUCAAAACUAACAGUAGGCAAGCAACUGUUGGCAACUACCACCUAACAUACUAUACAGUUCUGUUUAGGUAUUACUGUGAAUAUGUCAUGAUGUAAAUAGCAAUGUUAAUUUUCUGAGAUAAAAAUGGGCAACCUGUGAAUAAAAUUACCUUUUUUAACUUGUGUA